AAUUGAAAUACGCCACCAGAGUACAUUCAGCACCAGCACGGAGCUGUGGCACUUGUGUAACCGCUAUUACAAGUCAAAUCAUGACUUCGUGCCGCUUACCAUCAUGUAGCCGCUUCUACCUGACCCUAGUGUUCGCGAUUUUGCGAAACGCGUGACGUGCCUUGACAGUACCGAUGCGGACAAGAGUAUUAUCACCAAUUAUUCAGUGCAGACGACAAUGUCUGGAAGUAGCGAUUCCGAAGAAUUUUUCGAUGCGGAGGAUGAUACUUUCCACCGCAGUACACGAAAAAGUAAACAACGCGAUUCCAUCAGCAUUGAAAUACAAACUAAGGAUAGAUCAGAUGUUUGCAAAAAAUCAGAUGAUGAUGUUUUUGUGGAACCUGCUCAACCAAAACCAAUUGUAGAACCAAAGGAACAUGUAACCAUAGAAUGUACACUUAGUAAAGAUAAACCUGAUGAAGAUGGAAAAGAAACAAGUACAGAUAAAAUUGUGGGAAGAAGGAGAUUUCGUGAACUUAGACAACGCAUGCAAACAGAGGAUGAUGAUAUUCCAAUUAAUAGUUCCCCUCCGGAUAGCCAGACAUCAUCCAUCGAGGGUGUAUAUCCUACUCCUUCAAAGACAACGCAUCCAUUUAGAAUCAUAGAGCAUGAUACCCUUAGUUUACAAAGUAUGACAUCUUUAGGACGAGUGGGUCGAAUUUUAGCUGGAGCUGGGGACAGUGCUUCUGCUAUAAUUGCACCGACCGUAACUCAGUGCCCCCCUUCGGCUACCCUUACCCGCGAAAGCCAGAUGUCCUCGAUUGCUAGUAUUCCCAGCAAAGAUGAGGACACAGCAUCGGGUAAGGUGUCCCAGUCCUCGAGCAUCUUUACGUUAUCAGGGGAUAUCCUUCAAGAGGAAUCCUCUGUUAACAGUAGGUCCAGUCAUUCUUCUCACUCACAAAAUGAUAAGACUGUUAUGCUUCAAGAACCUGAUGUCAUCGCUAGUACAAAAAAUAAUGGAAAAUCAAAUGAAGAUAUUACCGUGGCUGGAAUACCUGUUGCACCGCCUAGACGUAAAAAAAAAUCAAAAGCGCAAACGCCUACCGAUCUUGCUCCUAAUGCACCAGAAACAGCAUUACCCGCUUCGCCGUUACCAAGUCCGGCAAGUACUAUUGAAUCUAUCACCAGAGAAUUUGAACAUUCUCUUGACAUUCGGUCUGCAACAAAGGGGCAAUAUGUUGUUAAACCACAAGAUGAAGAUAAAUCAAAAGCUGAAGGCCCAUCAACUGAAGAGUUAGAAAGGCUAGAAAGAAUGAAAGCUGAGUUAAUGAGUAUAAAAUCAAGUGACAAAUCUAGCAGCCCGCUAGGAUCCAUGUCUAGUAACAGUAUCGGCCGUUAUUCCUUAGGACCUCACAAACUUUCGGGCUUAAGUCCCCAAGGUUCGAAAGAAAGACGAAAAUCAGCUGGCGACCAGGAUAUGGUCAAACAGUUAAAUAUGUUUGUGAGAACAAGAACAGAUUCCGGGAAGCGUCUAACGGACAUGGAAAUCUUGGAGCAAGUCACUGUUCUAAAUUUAGAUACUGGAGAGAGAGUGCCAUUAAGUAUAGCGGAAGAUAAAUUGCCGCAGUGUAUUAAUCCUCUGUCACUUCAUAUUAUGAGACUUACUUCGGAAUACAUAAGUAAUUCUAGUUUGGAGAAAGAAAAGGAAAGUGACGAGGAAAGUGUUGAUAGCAAAAUGUCUAGCAUACCGCCGGAUGAAGAUGUAUCUGUCGGCAGGGUUCGAAAGAAAACCCAAAAGUUGAAACGAUUCUUGGGUUCCACUGUGAAGAAAACAAUGGACAAAGCGAAAUCUAUCGCGCAAGAAGUAUCUCAUGCGAGACAUAAGGAAGAUGUUAUGGAUAUAGUGGACGAAGUAUAUCCUGGCGAACAACAGUACAUCAAACUAAAAGCGUCCAAUAGUCACAAAGGACCGUACGAGUUUAGUUGUUUGCAGCAUGUCCAGGAUCUGAGCGGCGAGCACGUGGGUCCUGUUUGGUGCAUGAAAUUCUCAGUUUGCGGACGAUUACUCGCCACAGCAGGACAAGAUCGAGUUUUAAGAAUCUGGGUAUUGCGAGAUGCUUUCACGUAUUUCCAAGAUAUGCGAACUAAAUACAACGCUGAGAAAGUUAGUCCAACACCUUCCCAAGAAUCUUUGGUCUCUCAACAGUCUAUGGAAGAUCCAAACGUCGUGGCUAGUGCCUUCAGCGAAAUAGAAGGAACGAAAAGCCCAUUCAUGCCAAAGCCGUUCUGCACUUACACGGGGCAUACCUCGGAUUUACUCGACGUUUCAUGGUCUAAAAAUUAUUUCGUUCUAUCGUCGUCGAUGGAUAAAACCGUGCGACUUUGGCACAUAUCACGCAAAGAAUGCUUAUGCUGUUUCCAACACAUCGAUUUCGUUACGGCGAUAGUGUUUCAUCCUCGCGAUGAUCGUUACUUUCUCUCUGGAUCAUUGGACGGCAAACUACGUUUGUGGAAUAUACCGGACAAGAAAGUAGCUGUAUGGAACGAAGUCGAUGGACAAACUAAACUGAUAACCGCAGCGAAUUUCUGUCAGAACGGAAAAUUCGCCGUAGUUGGUUCGUACGAUGGCCGAUGCAUAUUUUAUAACACGGAUCAGUUGAAGUAUCACACGCAAAUACACGUUCGAUCGACCAGAGGGAAGAAUUCGACCGGAAGGAAAAUUAGUGGAAUAGAGCCUAUGCCGGGGGAGGAUAAAAUUCUAGUUACUUCAAACGACAGCCGUAUUCGCUUGUAUGAUUUACGAGAUUUAAAUUUAUCUUGCAAAUACAAAGGUUACGUCAACGUCAGCAGUCAAAUAAAAGCAAGCUUUAGUCCUGACGGACAGUAUAUAGUUAGCGGUUCGGAAAAUCAGUGCAUUUAUAUUUGGAAAACUCAUCACGAUUACUCGAAAUUCUCAAGCGUACGCAGAGAUAGGAAUGAUUUUUGGGAGGGUAUCAAGGCACAUAACGCAGUUGUUACAUGCGCGGUGUUUGCACCAAAUCCAGAUAGUAUUAUUAAACAAAUUGAAGAAAGAGAGCAGUGGGAAAGUAAAGAAGACGCGAAAAAUUUAGGUGGUUCAACCGUGGACGUACCUCCCGUUGAUCCUGUGGUUGAACAGCGCACUAAAGGCUGUGGUGGACACGUUCUUGUAAGUGCUGAUUUUAAUGGCUGUAUAAAGGUUUUUCUAAACAAAACGAAACCUAAGCAUAGUUCCCUACCAGCAUCUGCUCUCGCGUAACAUGAUACUACAUUGAUUUGUGCACUAUUGCUAAUGAUAUGAAAUUAAUAAGAACACCAAUAUAUAUUUUACCUCAGCGAGUUACGUAGGUCUCACUGUACGCUAUUUUUUAAGAUAAACGCGGCUGUACUAAAUCUUUCUGAAAACAGAAUAUUUUGAGAUGCAUGCCAAAAAAGGCUUACUUCACGAUAAGAAAGCUUCAAAGAUAUAGUUAGUGAUACCUAAAGUACCCAGAAAUUGAAUGCUCAGAUAAUGUAUCGGUUUUCCUUUAAUUUUAUUGAUUAUCAUUAUUAUUAAUAACGAGCACUAAAACGGUUCCCUUUCAUUGUAAAUUAAACAAACAUUUUACAUUGCUAUUAUUAUAAUUUCUACUAAAGCUUUAAGUAAGUCAUAUAAAAUACAUAGUUUUAUAAGAUCUUGUAUUUUUAACACUUUUUUAAAUUCGACAUUAUAUUUUUAUUGAUUUUUCCUUAUUUGUAUUAUAUAUUUUUCGGUGCUGGUCCACUGGGAUCAUAUAUAGUUUAUACAUGCAAACUUUGCCAAAAUUAUGUUAACAAAUAUACAGUCAACGUGGAAUUGUUCGUUUCGAUUAAUUUAUAAACAAAACAAAACAAAAAAAAAAAACAAAAAAAAAGGAAAGAGCACCUUGGUGAAGAAACAAAGUAUAAAGGACAAGCAUGCAAGCGAUGGCCGUAUAGAGUAACAAUUUCAAAAGAAAUGGAAGGGUAAAAUCAUUGAAUUAAUACCUUGGUGAUUCAUCGUUAAACAAAUGUUGGAUAACACCUACAAAGUUUAAUGAAAAUCAAAGUGGAUUUUCAAAUCCUAAUGGUUUCUAAAAUAAUGUUCUAGAACUUUACCGUGAUAAGAUAGCGUAAUACAUCGAAGACAAUAUAUAUUAUAUAUAUAAAUAUUUAAAAAGAAAAAAAAACAAAGAAACAAGAUAAAAAGAUGGUUAGAAGUUGAAACGCAUCAUCGUUAAGUUUUUCUACGAACGCAGUUCAUAUUUUAGAAAUUAAUUCCGAAAGUUUAUGCAUCAGAAACAAGAUUAUGAUUCAACAGAUAUAUUAAUACACGUAUCAUGAUUUAACAUUUGCGCUCCUGUAUAAAGCACACUGUAACAAUUUAACUAACAAGGGAUGAUCCCGAAAGCGGAGAUUCAAAAAAUUAUGAAGCUUUAUGAAUAUGUAGAAGAUAUCCUCCUGAUUAAAACGCAAUUUUCACUGCUCGGUUUUCAUUCGAAGGGGAUGAAAAUCGUCUGUAAAACUUUGGCAGUUUUAAAUUUAAUUUUCAAAACAAGCAAAGUUUUAAAAACGAUUUACACCCCGUUAGACUGAAAAUGAGCAGCAUACGAAAAUUGCGUUUUAAUCAGGAGGACAUCUACAUAUUCAGAAAGUUUCAUAAUUUUGUUGAAUUUCCGGAUUCGGGAUCAUCCCUUGUGAGAUAACGCGAGCGCAAGGUACACGUUGCUUCUUUAUCAUAAACAUUAUUACGUAGAAGAUUAUUAUUAACGCUCACACAACUCGCUACGUUCAAUGUUCGACAGUAUCGUCUGUCGUGGUUGAUUUUGAUCUGAUUUGAAGGUGUUGUACGAAAAUACCUGUUUCGCAAUGUGUCAAUUAUAGCGGCAGAGAAUAUAUGUAUACCCUUGUACACGAGACAACGGUUCAGUGUUGUUCGAAACUCUGCAUUUUACGAUUCUCUAUGUAUGUACUUGAUAAAUUAUGUCUUGGAAGAUGAUGCGCUAUUCGGUCGCGUGUUGAAGUACGACGAUCGUAGACGCGAACACCUUUUAUGGCCGCUACGUUACAACGGUCGUAAUGUCGCGAAAACGAUCGUCACGAUAUAUGUAUUUUAUUUAUAUCGUGAAAUUCAAUGUAAAUACGCAGAAAAAAGAAGAAAAUGUAGGUAUUUUGUGUAAAUGCAAUUGUAAAUAUAUAUUACUGGAGCGAUAGCGUAAAUCGCUUAUUAACGACAUUGUCAUUCCGACAGCGGCGUGCACAAAACUAUUGUUUGUGAUCUCGUAGUAAUCAGUAAUCAUGUAAUAUAUUUAAUGUAUUAAUAGUAUAUUCAUGUAUGAAACAUGUGUCUGUUUUUUAAGUUGCCGUCACACAGCAAUAUACAUAAAGUUUACAUCAAUCAUUA